GUGUUAAUAACUCGUCGUUGAUGAUGGAUUCGAAAAUCAUCCUGAUUCAAACGCGCAGGUUUUAUUUCUUUCUCCUUUGGUUCCGCCUCGCAUAUGGAGACUUGAGCUAUUCCUUUCCAGAGGAGAUGAAACGCGGAUCGGUUAUUGGAAAUCUGGCCAAGGAUCUUGGACUGGAGAAGAGCGCUCUGUCGAGCAGAAGAGCCCGCAUUGACACCGAUGGGACUGACAAACGUUACUGUGACAUAAACCUGAACAACGGAGAGCUGAUUGUUGCCGACAGGAUCGACAGAGAGGGGCUUUGUGGAGAAAAGGCUUCGUGUGUCGUAAAGCAUGAGCUUGUGCUGGAGAAUCCACUCGAGCUGCAUCGUAUUAGUCUUCACAUUCAAGAUAUCAAUGAUAACUCUCCUCAGUUUAACGACGACUCGGUGAAUCUGGAAAUUCGUGAGUCUGCAGUCAGGGGAGCUCGUUUUGUGAUCGAGGAAGCGCACGAUGCGGAUGUAGGACAAAAUUCAGUUCAGCAGUACAGCCUUGAAAAGAAUGAGAAUUUCAUUUUGGCUGCUAAUGGAAAUACGGUAGAGCUUGUUCUGGAUAAAGAGCUUGAUCGUGAAAAGGAAAAGGAAAUAAAUUUGCUCCUCACAGCUCUAGAUGGAGGAUCUCCUCAGAGAUCAGGUACUGUAGUGAUACACGUCACUGUACUGGAUGCUAAUGAUAACGCCCCAGUGUUCAGUCAGGCCGUUUAUAAAGCCAGUCUUCCUGAAAACUCUCCUUUAGAUACUGUCGUGGUCACAGUGAGCGCUAGUGAUGCAGAUGAAGGAGUGAAUGGAGAUGUGACUUAUGAUUUUGGACAUGUAACUGAAGAUGUGAAGAAACUAUUUAGUAUUGACCGUAAAGUAGGUGAAAUACGAGUAAAAGGAGCUGUUGACUAUGAAGCUACUACAUCGUUUGAAAUACGCGUCCAAGCAAAAGAUGGAUUAGGACUGUCUUCUUAUGCCAAAGUAAUAGUUUCUAUCAGUGACGUGAAUGACAACGCCCCUGUAAUCAAUCUGAAGUCACUGACGAAUCCCGUUCCAGAGGACACCCCACCUGGUACAGAGGUGGGCAUCAUUAACGUGCAGGACAGAGACUCUGAGAAUAACCGACAGGUCCGUUGCUCCAUUCAGCAAAAUGUUCCUUUUAAAUUAGUUCCUUCUAUUAAGAAUUAUUAUUCUCUGGUGAGCACAGGACAACUGGACCGUGAAGUGGUGUCUGACUACAACAUUACAAUCAGUGCCACUGACGAGGGCUCUCCACCUCUGUCCUCGUCUAAAAGUGUUCAGUUAUCUGUAGCUGACAUCAACGACAACCCACCUGUGUUUGAGGAACAGUCGUACAGCGCAUAUGUGAGUGAAAACAACAAACCUGGCUCC